AUCUGACGUUUAUGCCACAUGUGGCCUGAUUUCAAAACUAUGCGGUCCCAGUGAAGCAGUUCAAUUUGUUUUGUUUUGUUAUAAAAGAACUGGAGUUUUAUUAAAAAUGCCUUACGCACGUAAGAAGAUGCACGAUGGGGACACCCACUUGCGGCGGCGAUGGAGACUCCGUAAUCGGAAAAAGGAUUUAGAUGAAAUUGAUACCGAUCUCAAGAAGAACUCUGAGCAACUGCUGAAUCAGGAAGUGGAUCUGGAUAAGCCAGGGUUCGCACAGUUUUACUGCAUUCACUGUGCCACUUAUUACAUCAACGAUCGCGCCCUGCAAGAUCAUUUUCGGACCAAGGUUCACAAGCGGCGUCUCAAGGCUCUGGAAGUGGAACCGUACACGCUGGAGGAUUCUUUGCGAGCCGCCGGUCAAGGGAGUUUCAUUCAACCGUCGAAGCGCAAAAUUGAGACGCAACCGUCUAGAAAAGAACAAGCUGAUGGUAAACGAAUAAAGGUAGACGAAGUAAUCGAAACGGAAAAACCGCCCAAGCAAAACCUGUCAAAGACCCCAAAAUAUGAAGGACAGUUUGGAAAUAUUAUGAAAAAUUUAAUAUCUCCCAGUUCCUAGUUAGAGAGUGGCUAAAAUUAAUGAUAGGUUCUGUAUAUUACAAAACAACUGCAAAUAUAAUAGAAGUAAUCGUGUUUGAUAUAA